AUGCAGUUCCGCGCGAAAUCGAAUAAAUCAUUUGUUAUACCUGUACAAGAUAUUCAUUCUGUACUUGAAUUAACAGUUUAUGAUGAAGAUUCAAAUAAAACUAAUGAAUUUAUUGGACGAGUUGCAAUUCCAUUAUUAUCUAUAAAAGAUGGUGAAAAGAAAUGGAUGACAUUAAAAGAUCGAAAAUGUUUAUUACCUGUUAAAGGUGCUAUUGAAAUAGAAGCUACAUUAAUUUAUACAAAUCGUAAAGCAGUAAUUCGAACAUUUAACCCUAAAGAGAAAAUAAAUUGA